AUGAAGAGGAAGCCAGACUUUGAGGAGACCAGGCUUAUAUUUGGCACCCUGUAUCCUGCAUAUUACUCCUACAAGGCUGUCAAAUCAAAGGACAUUAAAGAAUAUGUCAAAUGGAUGAUGUACUGGAUUAUAUUUGCACUGUUCACCACUGCAGAGACAUUCACAGACAUCUUCCUUUGCUGGUUUCCAUUCUAUUAUGAACUAAAAAUAGCAUUUGUAGCCUGGCUGCUGUCUCCCUAUACAAAAGGGUCCAGCCUCCUGUACAGGAAGUUUGUACAUCCCACGCUGUCUUCAAAAGAAAAGGAAAUUGAUGAUUGCCUGGUCCAAGCAAAAGAUCGAAGUUAUGAUGCCCUUGUGCACUUCGGGAAGCGAGGCUUGAACGUGGCGGCCACAGCGGCUGUGAUGGCUGCUUCCAAGGGACAGGGUGCCUUAUCGGAGAGACUGAGGAGCUUCAGCAUGCAGGACCUCACCACCAUCAGGGGAGACGGUGCCCCUACUCCCUCAGGCCCCCCACCCCCAGGGCCUGGGCGGGCCAGCGGCAAACAUGGCCAACCUAAGAUGUCCAGGAGUGCUUCUGAGAGUGCUGGAAGCUCAGGCACCGCCUAGAACCCUUCGAUCUCGCUUCAGGAAGAAAAGUACCUCAUCCUCGGCCACUGAAACCACGUGAGUGAAUGAGAUGAGCCAACAACACUGGAUCCAGAAUGUUUCUUCUCUGCCUUAAAGAGCUAGUCAUUAAUAACACAGAAAUCCGCAGGCUGGGUGUGCUUUGAGUGUAUAACCUCACAGACUCGGCCUUUAUUCGCUCCCCUCUUCUACCUAUAAGAAAUUCAUUCUUUUUCUUUUCU